AUGGGAGUUUUUUCUGAGCAUCCUUACACUUCAAUCACCACAACGCUGGAUCAAAUCACCGCUUUACCUAAGGAUCAAAGUGACGAUGUGAUAGAGUCAACCAUUGCUGAACUAAUCAAUUCAAUUCUUAUCUCCACCACAGGACAGUACGAAGCAGCCAGGAUAAUUCGCAAGAAACUCAAGUACGGCUCGUUAAACCAACACAUAAACGCUUUAAAGGUGCUUGAUCUUAUCGUAGGAAAUGGAGGUCCCAGCUUGAGCCAGUUUUAUCACGACCAGAAGCUUAUUGACAGGCUGCGUAUCGAUACUCGCAGCACCGAAAAGCAAGUUCAACGGUUGGCUAUUCGCCUGAUUGUUGGUUGGAAAGAACACUUCGAAGGUGAAAAGGCCUAUGCGCCCUUGGUACAAUUGUUUUACUCCUGUAAACUGUCCAAAUCGAAGAGAGCUGUGCCAGAUUUCAUGAACGAUCAGGUGGACCAAACUCCAUUUGAAGAAUACUAUGAAGAUGAAGAUGUCCAGUCAAUGAUCACUACCGAGUCACUCGCGGACGAGCACAUCAAAACCUAUCAGACCAACAAAGAGCUUGACAGAAAGUUUAAAAUCCCUAAGAUUAACUACAUUGCUGAGAAACCAAGAAUUCAAAAGUUGAUAGCAGAAGCAAUGUCCAGUGCCACAAUCUUGAAAAAUUCUUUAGAGACUUUGAAAGAUGGGGAACUUUCAGUAGACAACGACAAAUGUGUCAUUGAAUUUGGCAAAUGUAGACAGAUUAGAAGGAAGGUUCUAAGGUACUUACAACUGGUCGAUUUGGAGGACCUUGUUGGACCAUUAAUCCAUGCCAACGAAGAAUUAGUUGCAGCACUUUCAAAAUACGAAGAAAAGGCAACUGAUUCAGACUCUCUCGAUGAGUAUGAAGAUUAUGAUGAGGGCGAAGAUGUCGACGAGAGUAAUGAUGAUCUCAGUGAGCAAACAGAAAUCGAAGACUCUCUGUCCAAGCUAGACAUUUCUCAUAAGAAGGCCCCUCCUCCAAUUCCUUCCAAGAACUCCGCUCCAGAGCCCAAUAACCCAUUCAGCGAUCCAUUCAGUGACGGUCAUGGCGUCGGCGGCAUCGUUCACGACGCUCAUCUUCCGUGGAAGAAAUAA